UGGCUGGGAUCCGCGAGUGGGACGCGGGACGCUGGGCGCGGAGCUGCAGAGUGAAGACUGGAACCAGCAGCAGGCCCCUUGGGAUGCCCUGAGCAUGGCCUCUGGAGCCCCACAGCAGAGCAGCCAGAUGGCAGAGGAGACGCCAGGCUUCCUAGACGCAAUUCUCCGUGACUUCCCAGCCCCCCUCAGCCCGGAGAGCCCUUUGCCAUGGAAGGUCCCAGGGAUGACCCUGAGCCAGGAGGAGGUGGAAGGCGAGCUGAUUGACCUGGCAUUGGGCUUCCUGGGUGGCAGAAACGUGCCACCACCGCUUGCUUCAUCUCUGGCCUGUGAGGCGGUGUCCCAGCUGCUGCAGACAGACCUUUCCAAAUUCAGGAAGUUGCCCAGGCAGGAGGAAGAGGAUGACGAUGAUGAGGAAGAGAAGAAGGCCCCCGUGACCCUGCUAGAUGCCAAAGGCCUGGCACUGAGUUUCUUUAACCAGCUCUGGGAAGUAUGUGGUCAGUGGCAGAAGCAGGUGCCGGUGUCUGCCCGGGGACAACAGCGGCAGUGGCUGGUCUCCAUCCAUGCCAUCCGGAACUCUCGCCGCAAGAUGGAGGACCGGCAUGUGUGCCUGCCAGCAUUCAACCAGCUCUUCGGACUUUCUGACCCUGUGGACCGCGCCUACUUUGCUGUGUUUGACGGUCACGGAGGGGUGGAUGCCGCGAGGUAUGCUGCUGUGCACGUGCACGUCAACGCUGCCCACCAGCCGGAGCUGCCCACCGACCCCAAGACAGCCCUCAGAAAUGCCUUCCAGCACACUGAUGAGAUGUUUCUCUGGAAAGCCAAGCGAGAGCGUCUGCAGAGCGGCACCACAGGUGUGUGUGCACUGAUUGCAGGAAAGACCCUGCACGUCGCCUGGCUCGGGGACUCCCAGAUCAUCCUGGUGCAGCAAGGACAGGUGGUGAAGCUGAUGGAGCCACACAAACCAGAGCGACAGGACGAGAAGGAGCGCAUCGAAGCACUGGGCGGCUUUGUGUGUCACAUGGACUGCUGGAGAGUCAAUGGGACGCUGGCCGUCUCCAGGGCCAUUGGGGACAUUUUCCAGAAGCCCUACGUGUCUGGAGAAGCAGACGCAUCCUCCCGGGAACUGACAGGCUCUGAGGACUACCUGCUGCUGGCUUGCGAUGGCUUCUUUGAUGUCAUCUCCCAUCAGGAAGUCGCUGACCUUGUCCAGAGCCACCUGGUCAGACAGAACGGCAGUGGGCUGCAUGUUGCUGAGGAGCUGGUGGCUGCAGCCCGGGAGCGGGGCUCCCACGACAACAUCACAGUUAUGGUAGUCUUCCUCAGGGAACCCCAAGACCUGCUAGAGGGCAGGCUCCAGGGGUUCGAGGACUCCCGGGCAGAGGGGAGAAGCCAGGACUUGCCCUCUGACCUCUCAGAACCAGAGACCAACAUUCCACAGAGAAGCUAGGAGGUUCAGCCCUCCCCAUAUGCCCCCAUCCUGUGAUCCUCCCUCUUAGGACCAGAUGCCUUAGGACCCAACAGGCAACAAUGAGCAGGCAGGCACCACCUGCACAGCACUUUCCCCAGGACCCCAGAGCCUCUUGUGCUGCUUACAUCGGCCCCUCCUGGUGGGUACAGAACUACAUUGGGCAGUGAGUGUUACAUCCUGCUCAAGACAGUGGGACAGCCGGAGAUCUCCAGGGAAGCUUAGGGAAGAGACCUCACCAAAGAGAAGUCCCGGAGGUGCCCAUCAGGCAGGGGCAGGAUCAGAGGUUACAAGCACUGGCCAAAGUCAGACCAAAGACACUGGGCAUGUGCGUGGGACGACAAGAUGUACGUGGAACCCUGAGGAAGCCGGGGAGCUUCAGAUGUUUUCAAGACAUCCCAGGUGUCUGCUCCUCACUGGCCAUGCCCGGGCCGGGGGGAGGGCUCGUAACUGUAUCUACAGGUGCACCUGGAGGGUCCUGGAUGGCCACGUGGUUUCCCACAGAGGAAGAGGGACCCAGGGAUCUGGCCUACAGGCUUACCCACCUGCUUCACAGCAGCUGAAACACGUGGGCCCCAGUCUUCAGAUCCCUGCUCCCCUCUUCCCACCAGGGAGUCAGAAGCUCACAACCACAAUGUGCAUGUCUUUUGCUUGUGGUCUUUUUUUCCUCCAAGGAAAGGUCUAAUUCAGAAGCAGUAUUUCAGGUUUUGUCUAAGUUUUGUCAGUGCCAAGAUGACCUGUUGUGUCAUAUAACUUAAGCAAAGCUUAGCAUUUAUUUUAUUCCUUAGAAAACUUAAGUCUUGAUUUUUUUAGGAAAAAAUUUUUUUGCAGUAUUACUGAAUUUUUUUUCUAAAUCAGGAUUGAAACAAAAUCUCUUCUAGGAGGUGUUACAAGCCAUUCAAGUGCCUUAACCGCUCUAGGUGAGGCGAGGACUCUGACAGGGCGACAGGUUCUAAUAGGUAUGUUUAAGUUUUCACAAAAGCAGGAUUAAUUUUGUGGCAUGAUUUUAACUAGAAUUCUUCCUGAAAGAGUUCUCUUUGCCUCUUUGUGAUGCACCACUGAUAGUCAGCAGAGUGACCCCCAAGAGUGUGGACUGUGCCAGACAGCAGGGCUCUGGGCAUUUGAGGUAUCCAUGGCCCCACUGGCCUCUACCCAGCCUGGCCCUGCCACUCAUAUCUCUGGCUGGAUCCUAGGCUAAGGUUCCCAGCUCCAUGAGGCAGGUCCUUGCUGCUAUUUGACUAGAAUGUUCCAGAAUGUUCUUGUGUAUAGGUAGUCAAAUUGGUUAUGUUUGGAAACAUGUUUAAGAGACUCUGGCAAGACCUGAGGCAGCCUGUGGGUCUCUGGGUCUAUUGGAGUCUGUCCCUUACACCCACACUUCUCUCCCUCACUCAGUCUGCCCUGCAGAUGGUGGUCUGCCCUGUCCCCAGCCUGACCACCUGUGAGAGAACCCCACAUUCCCCGGCAUACCCUGAGGAGAUGAAACUCAAAAUUCACCAGGCUUGGGUCACUUAAGGAGCUCAUGUCAGGUGGGAAAGACAUGAUGUCUGCAAAUUUAAGGGUCGCAGGGCUGGGCGAGGGCUCCAGACAGGUCAGGGGUCUCUAGUUGGGUGUACCUGGGCUGGCAGUGGUGGGCAGGGCUGCUGCAGGCAGAGCCCAAUGUGUCUGAGAAGGGGAGAAUUUUGGGGGUGGGGAACAAUAGGAGGAAGCUUGACUCAGGCCCCAAGGUUCUGUGAGGUGUUCAGUCAUGCUGGGCAGCAAGGCCCCAGAACAGUCUGCACAGGGCACAUGCUGACCCCCACUGUAGUGAGGGCAGCCUCUGCCCUUCUCAGCCCUGGAAAGGGGCAGAGGUGAAAGCCACCCUUCCUGAGGUCAGUGGGCUAUCCCGCAGUGGGGAGGGAGCCUGCCUUUGGUGGGGUCAGGGGAGCCUGUCUUCAGGCUCAGCAUUUACCACCACCCACACUUCACAGCAGGGAUGAAAAAGUUGUUAUGAUGCAGUCCACACCUUGUGCAAGGGCUCAUGAUAACAAGCAUCCUAAACAUGGUCCCCAGAAUUCAGAGGCAUUUGGUGGCCGAUGAUAACCUGGUGUUGCUCAGCUUAACUUGAAGCCCCUGCUGCCUUCCAAUAUCCAGAAACCUCCUUGUCAGCUCCUUGCUGCACAGGGCCGAGGUAGGACAUGGCCCACUCUUCCCUGCCAGCCCACUACCCAUGACCUGACCUUAAUGGAGGGAGGGAGCUCUGGGUGUCUGUUUUUCUCUUUUCUUGCUAAUCUUACUCAGUGGAUUGCUGCCCAGUGUGGAGCUCCCAGAAUACUGGCCCCGCCCCAAGGUCUGGAUUGCACCACUUGGUGAUCUGAGUCCUGCCGGUGAGGUUCUGUGAGGCACUCUCCAGGCUGACCCACCCCCAAGCCCAGCUGCUGGGAUGGAGGCCCCCCCAAACCUGGCUGCCUGGAAAAUGUCUGCUGUCAGGAGUCGGCCCUGGGUCCUUGCCUUGGAGCCAAGGAGACCCAUGUUCCUGCUCAUCUGCACGGACAAUGGCCUUAUGCUGGCACUGAGCACAGAGGAGGUCUCUUCUGUCUUGACCAGGCCUGAACUGGGCCCGCUCCCUCUCCAAGUCUCAGUCCCAGUGUCCCUCAGCAGGGACAUUGGUCAGGAAAUCAUGAUCCCCUUCUCAAGUCUCAGCUGGGCCACUGCCCCAUUGCAUGUGCUGAGCAAGUCCAAGUGUAUCUCUGGACCUGGUUUCCCCUGUCAGGCACAGGGGUUGCACUGAGUUCUGGAGGUUCUGGGGAGAGCUGUAUGUAUCCUGGGGAGAUGCUGCCGGUGCUGAGGCCCUCCCCCACUGUCAGCAGGAAGGGUGAUUAAGUAUUAUUAGUUUCUAUUCUUAAAUUAAGUGGGUUGGAAAGGAAUGGAGGUGCAGAUGCCAGCGCCUUAUAUGGAACGCAAAAACUGGCAGAAUCAAGCCCUGCUUUUACAGGUAGGGCUGUUCCUAAGCCAGCAGGCGUAGAAAAAGCACAGGUGUGAGGCAGGAGAGCAGGUGUGGGAGAGCAUAACUGGCCUCUCCCCGCUGCUAGUUAGGUUCCCAGCCUUCUGGCUUCCCAGAGGCAGUUGAGGCCUCCCUCAUCCAGCCUGUCCACAUCCAAGACUAGGCGAUGGGUGUGUCGCAGCAUGGAGAGCAACUCGGGGUGGGCAGUGUGGAGAAGCUCAGCUGCAGUCCUUCUCCCCCUGCUCUCCAGGGCCAGCACAGCCCCACCACCCCCUGCCCCGCAGUGCCAUUUCUGGCAUGGGCGUCUGGCUACCUCAGCAGUAUUACCAGGAGUGGGGGAACAACUCGGCCUACUCCGAGGCCUGGUUCCCCCAUGCAAGCUCAACAGAACCCAGGUGGGCCUAUACAAAAUAAGCUGUGUUUUGGGUUGAUCCUACCUAUAAUUCAGAGGGGCAGCCACAGAAGGCCUCUGCUUUUCGUCAAGGUUCUACAGCUUUGCCAAAUGCACAGAGCUUUGCCUUUUACACACCAUGCCCGCCUUGCCAAGGAUUUACCUGUGCCCAUAUCAGUGGGGUUCCUGGGAGUUGUGUUCUGUACAAAGGGGAAUUUUGUUCCAAGGCAAGAUGACUGUUUCCCCUCUCUUUAGGAACAAGUCUCAAGGUGAGGGGACCAAAGGGUGGUCUCCCAGGGACCUCUGUGCUUACGUGUCAAUAAACACAAAUUCUAAAACCCUGUUGCCAAGU